AUGGGUCGCAAAUACCUGGGAGGCUCGGGUAGCGCCCUAACAGUUUGGAUCUCGCUAGCCGCCUCAACUGUUCUCAUAUUCUAUGGAUAUGAUCAGGGCGUAUUCGGCAACGUUCUCGUUGGGAAGGAUUUCCUCCAGACUAUGGGUAAUCCAGAUGCAACUGUGCAGGGCACCCUGACUAGCGUAUACAAUCUCGGCUGUUUCGGAGGCGCGCUGUCGACAUUGUACACCGGAGACCGACUUGGCCGUCCACGCACCAUUAUGCUUGGGAGCUCCGUCAUUGCCAUUGGCGCAAUCGUUCAGGCAGCCUGCUAUUCAAGGGGUCAAAUGUUUGCGGGCAGGGUCAUCGCGGGCCUUGGGACAGGCAUGAACACUGCCACCGCUGGAGUUUGGCAGUCGGAGACCAGCAAGAUGCAAAGCCGUGGCAAGCUUGUCAUUAUUCAGAUGGCAAACUGCAUAACUGGCUUUUGCCUGUCGAAUUGGCUCACUCUUGGAUUUUCGUUCCUCAAGAGUUCAGUUGCCUGGCGAUUCCCACUCGCUUUUCAAUGCUUCUUCACGCUAUUGAUAUGGUUGAUGUGCCCUUUCCUCCCGGAUUCGCCCCGCCUUCUUAUCCGUAAGGGCAAGCACCAAGAGGCAUUAGAAGUGCUCGCUGCUCUCGAAGGACAUGGCGCGACUGCCGAUUCGCCUUCGGUGCGCACACAAUACAACAUCAUCAAAAGUGUCUUGGACAAAGAGCACGCACAGACCUAUACUUGGUGGCAGCUCCUCACCGGCCGAGGUCCUUCAGGAGUCGUCCGGCGAAUGAUACUAGGCGCCUGGAUGCAGGCCAGUAAUCAGAUCUCAGGUAUCAACGUGACAAGUUAUUUCCAAACGUAUAUCUUCAUCCAUGCUAUCAAUCUCAACGAGCUUUUAGCUCGAAUCCUCGCAGCUGCCGGGUCGGUCGACUACCUUAUCUUCAGCUUUUUGGCAUGGUUCGUCAUUGAACGGUAUGGGCGUCGUCGGGUCAUGAUGUGUUCAGCGUUUGCCUGUUCCAUGUGCUGGACUAUUAUCAGCAUUGCCCUGGGGCUGUCCCAGAACGGUAAAGGAGAUACGUACAAGCUAGGUGCCCUUGCUACCACCUUCUUCUUCGUGUUCUUCGCCUCGUUUGGAAUGGGCGUGCUCGGUGUCCCGUGGCUCUACCCCACCGAAAUCAACCAUAUCUCUUUCCGGGCCAAGGGUGCUUCUCUAGCAAUGUCGACGAACUGGAUCAUGAACUACAUGGUCGCUCAAGUAACGCCACCGGGGAUUGCCAACCUAGGUUACAAGUUCUGGAUUAUCUGGGCUGUAAUCUGCUUCUCCUUCAUCCCUAUCACCUAUUUCUUCUAUCCCGAGACGGCCAACCGGACACUGGAGGACAUUGACCGAUACUUUGCGGAACACCGCAAUAUCUUCGUCUUCCGGGACAAAGUUGCCACGCAGUUGAAGAGGCCGGAGAUGUGGGAGAGGAUGGAUGAGGAAGUCGAACGGAGGGCGGAAGAGGAGAAGAUUAGGAACGGCGAGCAGAUGGAGCGGGACAGCGAGGACGUGGAGAAGGGUGAGCAGAAGGUGGUGUACAUUGAGAAGUGA